AUGGAGGCAUCUUUCAGUGCACACCUGACAGAACUAACAAAUCGCUUCAAGUCAGAGCUGCUGCAGCACUAUGAGAGAGACCUGGCAUCUUGGAAGGCCAACGUGGAAGCGGGCAGUGCAGAGUCCGAUCUCGAACCUUCCGCCGGGAAGACGCUUCGCUUGGCUGCGCUCAGCAAAGAUGCCGCCGUUGCCAACACCCGGGCCUUGCUGAAGAAGGCGCCCGUCGCAGAGUCCAGCGAGGAGCUGCUACCAUGGGUGCGGGAGUCGGGCGAGCUGAGCACGCCCAAGAAAAAAGCAGAGCUACCGGCACCAAAGCCUGCCGAGCCUGAUCCUUGCACUCCCUCAGUCGCACCGGAGGUACUCCUUCCACGAGUUCCGAGCUCAGACUCGGAGAAUCAGAAGCUGCAGCUGCCCCAUACUUUGGAGGAGCCGGAGGCACAUUUUGAAGUAGGUGCCCUCAGCAAGAGGAGCAGCACCACCAGCAGCUCAAGCUCUGCGAGCUUGGGCAGCUCUGAGGAUGACACCCCCAAGCUGCCCGCGAAUUACCUCCAGACAAAGAGACCGAGCACAGGCUCAAUUGGCGCUGUCUUGCUACGCGAGCCGGCAGUCUCCCGAGUCUUCAUGUUUUUGCAGGACUCGGACUCUAGCAAUGCUGCGUGGUUUUAUGCUACGGGCAUGAACUAUUGCGUUGCCCUCUCUAUCGCUUUCACCAUCUGGCAGGCUGGAGACCAGCCGGUGGUGUCGCUUCACACGGAAGGACUGAUCCAGAUUGUGGUGGAGAGCAUCCUACUGGUGGAGCUCCUGGUUCAUUGGUUGUCGAGCUCGGAGAAGCGCGCGUUUUGGAAGAGCUCUUACAACCUCGUGGACUUGCUGGCGGUUCUUCCCCUCGUCGUCCGGAGCAUCUUCGGCGUGGCGCCUCCAACACGCCUGGAGAACGCGGUGGCGCAUUUCACGCUGUAUUGCUUUGUGCCAGUGGUCCGGCAACUAAAGCUCAUCCGCAAGUUUCAAAAGCUGCGGCUGUUGAUGCAUGUGAUCUCCACCACGCUGGAUGCGUUGAAGCUGUUGCUCUUCUUGGUGUGCCUGAUUUGCAACUUCUUUGGGUGUUUGCUCUUCAUCACGGAGCCGGUGCAGUCGCAAUCGCUGCCCUUCGCCAUCUACUUGUCCACGGUGACCGUGACCACUGUGGGCACUUGUGACUUGGCACCCACCACGUGGCCUGGGAAGAUCAUCGCAGGAGUUCUUUGUAUCAUCAGCGUGCUGUUUAUGGCAAUGCCUUUGUCGGUGAUUGGGAAUGCCAUGUCUCAGGCCUGGUCGGACAGGCAUCGGAUCCUUCUAGUGAUACAGGCCCGGAGGCGGCUCAAGAUGUUGGGCUACUCCGCUGCGGACAUGCCCCGCGUCUUCAAGCGCUUCGACCGUGACGGCAACGGGGAGCUCGACCUCGGAGAAUUUUGCGCAUUGGUGGCCGCCAUGCGGGUGGGCAUGAAACCCUCAGAGGCCUCGGAGCUGUUUGUGGCCUUCGACGCGGAUGGCGACGGAGCCAUCAAUGAGAUGGAGUUCAUGAAGGCCCUUUUCCCCUUGGACUACCGGCGUUUGUACAGACGCAGCUCCGGCAUGACCUUCGGGGCCUGCCACCAGAACUGCUUCGUGAUGCUUUCCCCACAAGAGGAGCCCUUCACGGAUGGCGAAGUGGACGUCGCUUUCAUCACGCUGUCGGAGACGAGGCUUCCGCUGGGCCCGUGGGUGAGGGAGUACCGCAACCAGCCCCAUGUCUUGGACGCCGCCACCUAUCAGAACUCUCUGAAGGAAGGAGACAAGUCCAAUGACAUGCCAUGGAGCGGCCUGCUGGACGGCAUGGCUGAGAAGUACAAUGGGAACUUGAAGACCUUGUUGCUGUUUUCCAGGACUCGCUUUAGGCGAAAUCCGGACUCGCCGCCCCUCUUUGGCAGGCUCACGGACAAACGGGUGGCCGGCCUGGCCCUGCCCAACCCGAAGAAGGCCUUCCUGGGCCGCAGCCUUCUGUCCCGGUGCUCGGAGCUGCACUUCUGCUUCGCAGGCGCGCACUUUCCCAUCACCGACAUCGCGGCGGCGCUGGAAGUGCCCAACGGCCUGGAAGUGGCCAAGGUCUUGAUGGCCAGGACCCUGCGCAAAGUGCUUCGCAGGGCCUUCCGUCAAGGCCUCCUGGACAACAACACGCUGCUGCUGCUCCAAGGUGACCUGAACAGCCGCACAGUGCUGGGCAGCGACAACGUCAAGGACGUGCUGAGCGAGCUGAUGGCGGACCGAGAGAUGCAGGAGGCCAUCCAGCACGGCUUGCCAAUCCUCGAAGGGGACUGGUUCGAGCCCUGCGGCCACACAGAUGCCAAGCGGCUCCCGGUCACCUACAAGUUUACACCGGAGGUCGGCGAGGCCUUCCGGACGGAGCCAAGCUCGCUGAGUGUGGGUCAAGUCCUGAGCGCUGCAAGCCCGGAACCAUCGGCAUCAGCGACCCUGGCCAGCGUGCCUGCAGAGCAGAUGAAGAGCUGGGGUUUGGACUUCAAAGAAGCCGGCUUCCGCAACUUCCGCUUCCCAGCUGCGGCGGACCGUUUGAUCUGCUGGGCGCCGGCACCUUUGGCGCGGCGGCUCCAGUGGAGUUUCCCACUGAGCCAGGUGAACUACCGCCAAGGAGGCAGCGAUCAUCGACCUGUCAUGCUGGAGGCGGUGCUGACGUUGCUGCCGGAAGAGCCCGAGCGGGCGAGCGAGUCUCGGGUUUCGGCGUCCCCGGCAUUGCUGGAGGCUGUGAUGCUGGCCGAUGCCGAAGACAGCGAUUCAGGAGAACCUGGUCUGCUCAACGGCCUGGCCUGCGCGGCCAGCGGCGCUGCAUCCUCCCUGUCUGGUUGGCUUCAACGGUCAACAUCCCGAGCUACCUGA